AAUACUCCUAUGAUAAUAUUUGUCUUUUAAUUGCUAUCAAUUUGCAAAACGACAAGUCAGUGUUCUGAUUCUUCUUAAGCCGAGCUCUUCUGAGUCUUGUCCAUGGCGAGAAGUGCAUCUCUGAGCGGGAAGAUGGUGACGGUCCUGAGUAUUGAUGGAGGUGGUGUGAGAGGGAUCAUUCCCGGCAUGGUCCUUGCCUUUCUCGAAUCCGAGCUUCAAGAAUUGGACGGACCGGCGUCGAGAAUUGCAGAUUACUUUGACAUAAUUGCAGGGACAAGCACAGGUGGAUUGGUGACGGCCAUGAUUACAGCACCAGAUGAGAAAAAUCGUCCGAAGUUUGCAGCCUGUGACAUUAAGGAAUUUUACUUAGAGAAUUGUCCUAAAAUAUUCCCCCAGAAAAACCGCUGUGGCAUGAUGAGUUCAAUAGUAAGGCUUUUACGGACAUCCAUGGGGCCAAAGUACGACGGAAAGAAGUUGCGAUCCCUGGUCGAUGGCUUUCUCCCAGACACCACUCUCAAGGAAACCUUGACCAACGUCGUCAUCCCGACUUUCGACAUCAAGCAUCUCCAACCGGUCAUCUUCUCCACCAAAGACGCAAAAGCGAAUCCUCUAAAGAAUGCGCGGUUGGCGGAUGUUUGCAUCGGCACCUCCGCAGCUCCCACAUUCCUCCCACCAUACUCCUUCAAGACCAGAGACAAGAACGGGGAGACACGUAGGUUUGAUCUCAUUGAUGGCGGGGUCGCUGCAAAUAAUCCCACCCUAGUUGCUCUGAGCCACAUUAAUAAAGAGAUUCCCUUGCAAAACGAUGAGUUCAAGAACAUAAAUCUAAGAGAGACCGAUCAAAUACUAGUGCUAUCACUCGGUACUGGUACUGGUGCGGCUAAGCAUAAAGGGAAGCAUAGUGCGGCUAAGGCCGCUAGAUGGGGACUUAUCAAUUGGAACUAUAACAAUGGUUUCACUCCGUUGGUUGACAUCUUCAACGACGGGAUCUCCGAUAUGGUCGAUAUUCACUUGUCUACUCUCUUCCAAUGCUUAGAUUGCAAGCAAAAUUACCUCCGGAUUCAGGACGACACCUUGACCAGAAAUCAAUUAUCACUUGAUAAGGCGACCCGGAAGAAUCUAAAUGAGCUCGUGAAAAUAGGGGAGAAUCUAUUGCAGAAACGGGUGUCAAGGGUAAACUUGGAGACCGGUAAGCUUGAAGAGAUUGAUGGAGAAUGCACCAACAAAGACGCGCUCAAGUGCUUUACGAAUCGGCUCUCCAAAGAAAGGAAGAGGCGAGUCGAAGAAAAGAAGAGGCAAAACAAGUAGAAAUUUAUUCAUCCGAAAAUGGUCUGUCGUGAUUCGUGAAGAGGCUUCUUAGAUGAAUAUGAAAUAGUUUAUAGAAUCUUCCAUAUAAGAUAAUUGUCGCAGGAGUAAAGCUCUUCGCGAGAUUGGUAGAAUUUCUUUUGUCUCCUUCAAUUAUGUGAUGUUGUAAUUCAGCCA